UAAGUGACACAUGCUGAGAAUUCAGUCGACUUCAAGGAACGUAUAGUUAAGACACAGUGGGGUAUGAAACAUCAGACACUGGGCCUUGUUAAUGGUGCAGAGCAGGGUGCAAAGUGCAAAGAAACAGGUGCUUGUUUUUCUUAUGUUUGCACUCUUGUCUAGCCAUUUGCACCACAGGAUCAGGUGUUUACGAAAUUGACAGUGCUGUAGUCAUGAGGGGCAGGCUGAGAGAUGCACAUUUUCUUUCUAAUUAGAUGUAGUGUAAAAUUAGUAUUUUUAUAGUAAGUAUACAAUAUGAGUAUUUAUUAAUAUGCAUUUGUUUUUGUUUUUAAGCUUUUACUCAGCAGAACUGAUUUGUGGACUUCAGUAUCUUCAUUCUCUAGGCAUCAUCCAUCGUGACUUAAAGCCUGAAAACAUCCUGCUUACCUGUGAAGGACACGUGAAGAUUGCUGAUUUUGGAGUUGCAGCAGAAGAAGUGUUUGGCCACAAUACCAUUCGUGGAAAAACAGGAACAUGCUGGUACAUGGCCCCAGAGAUGCUAGCUAACAAGAAAUACAACGCAGCAAUAGAUUGGUGGGCCUUUGGGAUAAUACUCAGUGAAAUGGCCAUUGGAAGAUCCCCGUUUGAUGACUAUCAACAGGACACUGAGAAGCCGGUGUUUCCUGAAUGGAUAAGCACAACAUUGCAAGAUCUCCUGAAGAAGGUGGGUUUGGGCAAUUAG